UGCCAGUAGAGCGAAGCUUGUACGCAUGCGCAAGGGGGCAGCGCCAGGUGGAGAGUAGUGUCUGCGCGCGAGAAAGAAGAUGGCGGCGGCGGGGGAAGAAGCAUGAGCGGCCUCACUCAUUGAAACACUUCGCCAUGGCCUCCCCGAGCGGACAGUAUAUAUUUGGGGAGUUUAGUGAUGAUGAAUUCAAGCAGUUUUUUGUGACAGCUCGCUGCACAGUUGAGCUACCCCCUUACAAUGAACAUUUUUUUCCAUGUGGCCCCCAGUCUUCAGGUGAUUUUCAGGAUGGAGAAGACUGUCCAAGAAUUGAGUUUGGAAUUGAAGAAGUAAUUGACCACAGUACUGCCCUACCUAAUAACACAGACUACAGUAUUUCAAGUAACCUUAAUCCUCAGGCUCCUGAGUUCAUUCUCACCUGUUCAUCUUCUCCGAAAACUUCUAAUAAUGUUCUCCAUGAAAAUAAUUUUGAUGCCAUUAAUUGCCAGUUCUCGGAAUGUGCCAUUCCAGAUGGCAGUGGCAAUGCAGAUAGUGAUGGUACAUCUGGCACUGGGCAGCGAGAGCGUAAAAAGAAGAAAAAAAGACCUCCAGGAUACUAUAGUUACUUAGAAGGUGUUGGAGAUGUCCCUUCAGAGACCCUUGUAAAUGGACAUGCCAACUCAACAGGACUUAACAGUAUAAGCACAGAUGACCCGGAUCUUGCAGAAGAUAUACCAAUAUCUACAACCUCUCCUAGGACUUGUAACAGUCCAGAUAAUUUUGUGGACCUUAAUAAUGAAGCUCUCUCUAAUGACGCUUCUAUGCAUAAUGCACUAGACAAUGCCAGGACUGCUGGUCAGCCUGAGGAAUGCAGUGUUACUAGUUCAGAACAAUCUUGCAUCCCCUCAGACAAUGGAAGGGAGAGCCCAGUAAGGACAGCUGUUGUCCAGCCUUUUGCUGGUACUGAUACUACUGAAAACCUUGGAGUUACCAAUGGACAAACACUUGAAUCCUCAGAGGAGGGCACUGCCUCUAAUGGAGUGGUAUUGCUUCCUGAGGUCAGUUCCCUCUCAGAGGAAGCUAAGCCAGAGGAAACUUCAACUGCUCAGGCUGUAGUACAUCUUCCUGGAUCAGCCUCUGCAAAUCCACCAGCUAAGUCCUGGGCCAGUCUAUUUCAUAAUUCCAAGCCCUCAUCAACCACACAGGUGGCAUACGUGGAAACAAAGAAUGCUACCCCUGUCACAUCUCCACAAGUUACAGAGAAACAGGUUGAGAUUAAAGAAGGGCCUGUUCCAGUGUCAGAGGAUCCCGUAGCCAUAAAAAUUGCAGAGCUCUUGGAGGAAGUCAAACUUGUUCACAAACCUGUUUCGUUACAGCCACGAGGAUUAAUCAACAAAGGAAACUGGUGCUAUAUUAAUGCUACACUGCAGGCUCUAGUGGCCUGCCCUCCCAUGUAUCACCUUAUGAAGUCCAUUCCAGUAUAUACUAAAGCCCAGAGGCCAUGUACAUCUACUCCAAUGAUCGACAGUUUUGUUCGUUUAAUGAAUGAGUUCACAAACAUGCCAAUACUCCCAAAAGCAAAACAAGCGUCUGGUGAGAAAGUUAUAAGGGAUAUACGUCCAGGAGCUCCAUUUGAACCAGCAUACAUUUACCGUUUGCUUACUGUUUUCAAAUCAAGUCUUUCAGAAAAGGGUCGUCAGGAAGAUGCAGAAGAGUAUCUUGGAUUCAUAUUGAAUGGGUUACAUGAAGAGAUGCUAUCUCUCAAGAAGCUCCUUUUGCCCCAGAAUGACAAAAUCCACAUUAACAAUGGCCCUGAUCCUGUGUCUGAAAAGGAAGAAAUUAACAAAGAUGAACAAGAAGGCAGUGAUGAAGAAUGGGAACAAGUGGGACCUCGACACAAGUCUUCAGUUACACGUCAAGCAGACUUUGUUCAGACUCCUAUCACAGAUAUAUUUGGAGGACAUAUGAGAUCUGUUGUGUACCAGCAGAGCUCUAAAGAAUCUGCUACUCUUCAACCAUUUUUUACUCUGCAACUGGAUAUCCAGUCUGAAAAGAUCCGCACCGUCCAAGAUGCACUCGAGAGCCUAGUGGCUAGAGAGUCUGUCCAAGGCUAUACCACCAAAACUAAACAAGAGGUGGAGAUCUGUCGAAGAGUCACCUUGGAAGAACUCCCACCUGUCUUAGUGCUGCACCUUAAACGGUUUGUGUUUGAGAAGACAGGAGGAUGCCAGAAACUUAUCAAAAACAUAGAGUACCCAGUGGAUCUGGAAAUUAGCAAAGAUCUGCUUUCUCCAGGAGUUAAGAGCAAGAUUUUCAAAGGCCAAAGAACCUACAGGCUCUUUGCAGUUGUUUAUCACCACGGAAACAGUGCAACUGGUGGCCAUUACACUACAGAUGUCUUCCAGAUUGGUCUUAAUGGCUGGCUACGUAUAGAUGACCAGACUGUCAAAGUGAUAAACCAGUACCAGGUGGUGAAACAGACUGUGGAGCGCACAGCUUACCUCCUGUAUUACCGCCGUGUAGAUCUGCUGUGAAGCUCUCUCCAUGCUGUGUGUGUGCGCGCAUCUGCGCAAUUUCCUGCUUCAUAGAACACAACACACUUUUUCACUUACCCUUUUUAUCCUGUGCUCUUUUUCAUGUGUACCUAUUCCCUUUUUUUUCCUCCCUCUUCUCUCCUUAAAUUUUAGAAUAGGCGGGUAACUUUAGACCAAAAUCACUUUGCUAACCCACUGGAUAGCAGACGGGUCUGUGCAGCCAAUCCUGCUGCUUUGCCUUCUGUCUGGGGUUAACAAGGCCAAGUGACCUGCAAAGCUUAAAUCAUUUAUAUGAAUAACUAAAUCAGUCUAAGGAAGUAUUUGUUACUGCUAAUAAGAUAAUCCCUAAUUUUCAGGGAAAAUUGCAUAGCAUUGCUCUGCUUUGUGCUGUAAUGGCAGUAGAAGGGCCAUGGAUUGAAUAUGCAGAGGCUGUGGUAAUUUCAGGAAAAUCUGAAGUAGGUCUGUUAUAUCAAUAUAUUUUGCAUAAAAAAUGCUUUUUUUUUUCUUUUUUUUAAGCUGUUGACUGCCUCAUAGUUUCCAGAGCAACUCCUUUUGGGUAAUCAGUAUGGGCGCGUGAUGCAAAACAAACUUUUUUUUUUUUUUUUUUUUCUUUUAAUUUCUUAAGUUUGUGGUCUAGGCUGAGAGAAUUGUCAUUGUCUCCACAUCAUCUGGCCUAGACAAGGAUCCAUUGCACCAGCAUAUAUUAUACAUUUCUGUGAAAAAAAAAAAAAAAUUCACUUUGCUUCAGAUUUCACUUGUUUCCUACUAGCCAUUCCCUUUGCAGCCCCCUGCACCCUCCGCUUUUCAGAUCAUUGAUUAAAAAAUAAAGACAAUAAAGCCUGCAAUUUUCUGAAGGGUUUCUUGCUUAACAAAAAUAAUAAUAAAGGCUUAUUCAAUGUUGCUGGGAGCCUCAUAGGAAUAAUUACAAUAAAACUGUGCUUUAAUGUGAGGUAUUUGUUUUAACCUCUGCCGCUGGAUUAAGACUGAAACAAAUGAAUUGGUGUUCCUACUGCAGAGGGCUUUAAAAUAAAUAACAGACAAAAUGCAGUUUAAAGGUUAGACAUUAUAGAUGGGUGAUUGUAACUUUACUGCUUUUAAAUUCAAACUGCAAUUAUGCUUUAUUGUACACCAGAUCCAGAAUACAAAAUUACAGUUCAGUGGGCUGAAGAGGAAAGAGCGGUAUAAUAUUCUGCUUUGUUCAAAUUUGCUGUCUUGCACUCCUCUAAUGUUGAAAUCCUAAUUGUACACAGUUUAGUGAUAUUUAGCAGUAUAAAGUUGUCGCCCAUCAAUAAAAAUCAGUUGGUUAAAAU